GUAGGCGGGGCCAGCAGAGGUUUAUAAAUCUCAGGGGCGGGGCUUGCAUACAGCAGUCAACAUCCUGAUGUAAUUUUCUCCAAAAUGGCGGAUCGCAAAGAAGAUGACAUCUUAUCAGAAAAGGAUGAGCCGGAGAGUGAGGAUGAGACCUAUGAGGUGGUGGACCUAACAGAGUACGCCCGGAGGCACCAAUGGUGGAGCAUGGUGUUUGGGAAUAACUCUGGUCCCCUCGCAGAGAAAUACUCUGUGACCACGCAGAUCGUGAUGGGAGGGGUCACUGGCUGGUGUGCAGGAUACUUGUUCCAGAGAGUAGGGAAGAUAGCUGCUACUGCCAUAGGUGGAGGGUUCCUGUUGUUACAGAUAGCGAAUCACAGUGGCUACGUGCAGGUGGACUGGAAGAAAGUGGAGAAGGACGUGAACAAAGCAAAGAAACACCUGAAGAAGAGAACCAAGCAAGCAGCCCCUGAAAUGAACUCCUUCUUCGAGGAGGUAAAGGCCACAGAGUUUGUCAAGAAGAACAUUGUCCUGUCCAGCGGGUUUGUGGGUGGAUUCCUCCUGGGCUUGGCCUCCUAAGGGCGUCGGGGCCAAUUCACGACUGAGGAAGUCAUUACAUAGGAAGAAGGAAGCUGUCAUUACUGUGAACUGAGUCGCCACACGGGAUGUUGUCAUUAACUGUGAAUCGUUGUCUUUCUCCCAGCACGGAACUAGUCAUGAAACGGGUUUGGGAGGAGGCUGAACAUGUGAAGCUGCCACUUUAUGCCCCCCUGGGUGCUCUCUUCCUGUUACUGCCCAACUGAUCUGAGUUUAGCUUGUCCACCCUCUUUUUAUUCUAUUUAUCUGGUGGUUUCUGAUCCAGGAUCAGUUGUUUGGGCCUGUUGAAUAUGGAAUCUUUAUACUUCAUAAUCAGCACUACCUCCAACAUCAAUGUAUGUGAAAAUGUCACGUUUCUAUGUUUUCAAUCAGCUAUAUUAUAUAUAUAUUUGUUCACCGUCAUAUGGUGUGCAUCGUGUGAUUUGAGUCAAUUAGUGAGCAAUGCCUACUCAUAAUUGGUUGAAAUCACGAUGCACACCAGAUAAUGACAUUAGAAAAACUAAUUUUGACUUCAAAACAUAGAAACAUGGCAUUUUCACAUACGUUGAUGUUAGGGUUGUUCUGGAGAUGAUGAAUGCAAUGUUGAAAAUGUUAGAAAUUUCCCUUUAAGUGCACAACGUGACACCUCUUGAUACACUAUGAUAUACUACUAAUAUACUGUACCACACACUGAACAUAGGAUUACUCGGCCCCUGUCUAUCUUGUGCCCUCUUUUACCUGGAAGAACAGGUCUAGGAUCAGGGGUGUGUCCCAAAUGCCCAUAGUGCACUACUUUUGACCAGAGCCUUAUGUAGGAAAUAGGGUGCCAUUUGGGACACAACCCAGCUCUCCCUACACUCAGACCAAAGUUUUACCACCCUGUGCUAUUCAACAAAAUGUGUCUGCAGACCUGUUGUUACGGGGUUAAUAUACCAACACCUGAUCACUGCACCUUCGCUGGCUAAUGUACUGUAGGUAUAUCAGUGUUCAGUUUAGCGUUUUUCAUAAUGAAUCUUGUUUUGGAGGCAGCUCUGCAGAGUGGUCACUAGUUGGCACAGCCACAAAAUCUGAUUUAAAAAUCUAACUGUAACCACACUGUUAACCCUAAUGCCUAACCUUAAAUUUAGACCAAAAAGUUAAAUGUAGUUUUCAUAAUUUUUUUUACAAUAUAGCCAAUUCUGACUUUGCAGCUGGCCCAUCUAGCGGAUUCGCUUAGUUCUGCCUCCAGGACAAGACUCAUUCCAAAAAAUGUGAACCUGCUAUCAGUGUAGUAAUAGGAAAACAUGUGAUUUAGUCACGUGGAGAAUAUACUAUCAGUUUUAUAGAUAGAAGGAAAUGCACAGUAUAAAGUCAGUGUUCAGUUGCUCCAUAUUGUGUCUUUAACUAUUUAAAUAUUAUGUGUCAGGAGUAUGAUUUUCCAUUUGUUUCUGUACUUCACAAAGUGCACAUUAACUUCUUACUGCCGUUAACCUCCAUUUUUUAUGUUCUGACUUCCUGAAUGCUGUUUUGAAAUCUUGAUAACCAACUAACCAUAACUAUGGAUUUGUCUUAUGUUUCUGUUUUGUCAAAUAAAGUUGCCUGAUUUUUGUUGGUUAGCAAUGUUAA